CGCUGGUGCCCACGCAGGCCGCGCGCGGGGGCAGGCCCCUCGCCGCUCGCCGCCGCGCGCACGCCACGCUCCAGCAUCGAGGACCUGAGCGAGUACACGGACGCCGACGAGUCGCUGUCGUCGGCGCCCACCGAGUGCCUGGCCGAGUUUCUGUCGGCGCUCAUGAAGCGCGAUUACCCAGAGGCGCUGCGGCUGUGCAAAGUCAUUCUGCGCUACGAGCCUCAUAAUACCACGGCGAGAGACUUCUACCCGCUCAUCCUGGAGAAGAUACAGCUGAUGCGAGCGGCCGCGGAGGCCCCGAGCAGCAGCAGCAGCGGGAGCGGCAGCGGCAGCGGCGUGGACGACAACGGCAACUCCCCGGCCGCGGCGCACCACCACCUCCUGCGCGCCGCAGCCGCCGCCGCCGCCACCACCUCCAGCUCGGGCGGCGCGGCCGACAGCUCGGCCAACAGCUCCUCGUCCAGCACGUCCUCGAGCAGCGAGUCCGACUCGGAGGGCACCACGGCCAGCUACUCCAGCCUGGAGGACGACGAGGCUUCGGCGGGGGCGGGGACGGGUGCGGGGACGGCGGCCGCGGACGACAACGGCAACGUGAGCCGGCCCGCGGCGCUGCUGGGCGCGGGGGCCUGCCCGACGGCCGCCCCCGCCCCCGGGGCGGCGGGCUCCGACUCGGAGUCGCCGACGGAGCCCGCGUGCGCCGCGCCGCCCCCGCCGCCGCCCGUCGUCCCGCGCGGCUCCCGCUGCGCGCGCUGUUGAGGCGACACGCCGCCGCCGGUUCG